AUGUCGGCUCUCUCCAGACGGCUACCACUUCGCCGGGCGAGUGGUUAUGGCUCGGUGAGAUGCGUACAAACCGCAGCUCAACCAAAUUUGUCUUAUCCGCUUUAUCCCUCCGUUGCGCAAUUGAUGAAGCAAAACAAUAUCCCAGCCAACGACGUAUCUAAGAUCAUUGCCACGGGACCGAAUGGCCGAAUACUGAAGGGAGACGUGCUCUCCUACCUUGGCUCAAUCGCAGCCAACUACCCUGCCGACCUGGCCUCGCAGCUUGCAAAGAACUCACGCCUAGAUCUGAGCAACAUCAAGAUAGCGGCGCCUCAGACAUCCUCUCCUGCUGUUCCGGCACCUCAGGAACAGUCCCAGGCGAAAGAGGAGGCUAAAUCGGUGCUGAACGAAGAAGAAGCGGAGUCUGUCUUUGAAACCAAGGUCGCUGUUCCAGUGUCCUUCUCCAAACUCAUCUCUGUUCGACGACGGAUCCAGUCCUCUGUCGGCGUUGAAAUCCCACUUGCCACUUUCGUUUCUCGCGCAGCUGAUAUUGCGAAUGAGAACCUACCGGUGCAGCCGAGCUCGAAGCAGCGAUCAUCGGCUCUCUUUGACGAGAUCCUAGGCCAGAGGCCCUCUGCGUCCGCACAGAUGACGUUUUCCCGUGGGGACUAUAUUCCAGAGAUUGUCUCUCCGGCUGAGUUCUACGGCUCGGAGGUCCAGCAGAGCCCGCGCCAGUCUGCGGAUGAUAUAAUCGACGUCUUGACAGGUCGAUCGUCACCUAAAAAGAGGACGGUGAGCAGGACGGAGGAGGCGGAUGAGGAUAAGGAAACGAGCAUAUUCAGCUUGACGAUUCCGGAGCAGGAGGAAGCUCGUGCUAUGGCGUUCUUGGAGAAGAUGCAAGUCCUCCUGGAGGAGGAGCCGGCUCAACUACUGGCUCUUUAG